AUGGGCUUCUUCGGCAAGCAGGAACCGCCUGAGGAUGUAAUCGAGCCAGCUCCGAACCAAGAUGUGGAAAAACGCACCCUUCCCGAUCAUGAGGAGAAACAGUCUACUCCAAUUUCGCCGACUAUUGAUCCUGAAUUAGAGCGCCGGCUUGUAAGGAAGCUGGAUUGGCGUGUCCCUACGUUGAUGGGAUUUUUCUAUCUUCUCGCUUUCCUCGACAGAUCCAACAUCGGCAAUGCUAAAAUUGCCGGCAUGGAAGAGGAUCUCAACCUCGAUGGAAAGAGUUACGCUUGGCUUUUGACCAUCUUUUAUAUUUCAUACACGAUCUUUGAGUUUCAAGCACUGAUGUGGAAGAUUGUCAAGCCGCACCAAUGGGCUGCCUUUGUUGUGUUCUCCUGGGGCUUGGUAGCAACGUGCCAGGCCGCGGCUUCCAAUUGGCAAGGCAUGAUGGCCCUUCGGUUCCUGAUGGGAAUGUUUGAGGCUGGCUUUGGUCCCGGUGUUCCCUACCUGCUCUCAUUCUUCUACCGACGUCACGAAUUGGGUCUCCGAUGCGGUAUGUUUUUGUCCGCAGCGCCGCUGGCAAAUACAUUCGCCGGUGCCUUAGCCUACGGUAUUACCUCCGGUAAUUCUGCGCUGGCAAACUGGCGACUGCUAUUCCUGGUUGAGGGCCUUCCGACUUGCCUGGCCGCCGUGCUGGCUUGGUUCUAUGUGCCAGACAGCGCAGUUGAUGCUAAGUUCUUGAACGAGGAAGAGAAGGAAAUUGCGCGUGCUCGUUCGCUGCAACAAUCCGGUGCUCCGGAUCGUGCUGGCAAGGUCCAAUGGAAGGAAUUGGCCAUGACGCUUCUCGAUGUGAAGGCGUGGCUUACAGCGUUCAUGUAUUUCAGCUGUAAUGUCAGCUUCUCGUCACUGCCUGUGUUCCUGCCCACCAUCCUCAAGGAGAUGGGAUUCACAGCCAUCAAUGCCCAGGGUCUUACCGCACCUCCAUUCUUUACCUCAUUUUUGGUGACGAUCGCGACCACCUGGGUGGCGGAUCGCACCCAACAGCGUGGCUUGAUGAUUAUGGCAUUAUCACUGAUGGGCGGCGUGGGGUACAUCCUCUGCGCGACUUGCACAUCAGUGGGUGUCCGAUAUCUUGGUGUUUUCCUGGCAGCGUGUGGGAUCUUCCCGUCGAUCGCCAAUAUUUUGCCGUGGGUCUUGAAUAACCAGGGCUCUGAUACCCGCCGUGGUGGAGGCAUUAUCCUGCUCAACCUCAUCGGCCAGUGCGGUCCUUUCCUAGGAACCAAUAUUUUCCCAGAUGAAGAAGCCCCAAGGUUUAUUAAGGGCAUGUCAAUCUGUGCAGCAUUCAUGUUUUUCACUACCUUGCUUGCCUUUUGUCUGCGUAUACUUCUGGUGUGGGAGAACCGGCGCCUUGACAAGAAGUAUGGACCCCGCAUUCAUGACCAGACGAAGUUGGAUGGCCCGGUCGCGGAGGAUAAUUACGGUGCUAACUACCGCUAUGUUCUGUGA